GACAAAGAGCCGGCGUUCGAAUCAAACAUUUUCCCAAGUACAUUUCCCAGAGUCUUCCUUUCUGUGCGUGUGUGUACGGUCCGCGAUUUUGAUUAGUUCUUGAGUGCUUGAAGAAGCAAUGUAAACAAAUCGCCUAUGAAAACUGACCUAGGCCAGGAAACUUUGAGAACGCAACUGACCUAUGUCAAACACGAGAAAACCAUACCAGGACUUGGACAAUAUUGAUUAAGCAUAAGAAUGUUUUUCAUAUUCAUAGUAUUAGAGUAAUUUAUUUUAUAAAGCUUGUGCUAAAUCUCAAAAUAUCUUAGGAACCCGUAAAUGCCCUAAUCUUUUUCUUAGUCUUUGCACCACUUUCUGUUAAAUUAUAUCAGUAAAUAUUGCAUUGUGUAUCGCAAGAACAAGUAGGAUCUUAGGACAGUUUGGCCAUAUGCAAAGGCAAUUAUCCAAGAACAUAUCCCAAUAUCGCUCGCUUAAACUAUAAAUGGUUGUGAACUCUAGUAAGGCUAAUAUCGAACAGGACCUUUAAAACCCCUAGUUGACUUUGUCAUAACUAAUUGUGCUUUCUGCAGUAUUUAAUAGAUACGCUAGAUAUUACGUCAACGAAAUUCGGGAAAAGACUGUAGUUCUCUGGCCAGUUAUUAAAUAUUAUUAGUGAGCAGUGAAAAGUUUUAAAAAAUUUCCAAGCUAUAAACGGAAAAAGUGCGACAUAGAACCAUAUUUAUAAAAUUAAUAAAGUGUUGGAAAAUGUGAAAAAAUCCAAAACCGAAUAGAAUAACGUACGAGUCUUGAGUUUAUAAACUGAUUCAAUGUUCUCCACACUGGCUUUGCUGUAUUGAACCCGGCUUUCAUUCCUCUCAUCUAUGCGCAACUAAUUCUCAAUGAUGAGUUAUCAGAAAGGUCUCAAGGAUCCAAACCUGGACAGGCAUACCAGUAAAGCCAAAUCCCGGCAUUUCACGGUCAACGGUCUUCUGAGUGCCAAUAACACGCUUCAGCAGCAGCAGAACCAAUACAACCUGCAGCCAUCGAAUGACAGUCGCAAUAUCUACAAUAACCCCUAUAUUCCGCCUCAGCAGCAGCAACAGCAACAGCAGCAGCAACAGCAACAGCAGCAGAACAGCAACAGCAGCAAGCAACAACUGCAGCAGACGCAGCAGCGCACCGCCCACCUGUUCAAGGCCUUGGCUGCCUCCGCUGCCGGUACCAAUAGUCUGACUCAUCCCUACGACUUCUCCAACUCAUCAUCCUCCUCCAACGCGAAUAAUGAUCACCAGGGAUCAUCCUCAUCGGAAGCGGAAAACGCUUUCCUAACUCAUAAUAACGGGAUGGGCCGUAGGUCGAGCAGACGCCGCCAGUUAUGCAAUAAAAAUCAUUAA